GAACAAGAAGACAAACUACUCCUGCUUUAACUUGUAAAACCCAAAAUGGGUCUGGUUCUAGCGAAAUAUGCAGGUUACAAGAAAUGGAGAGCAAGACAAGUUCAAAAAAUAUCAGACAAGGUUUUUGAUGGUUUCAAAAAUGAAGCAGGGAGGCUCAAUCUAACCUUUGAAGAUCUUUACAUUGCCGUGCUGCUAAUCUACAAUCGGAUUAACAAAACCUUGCCUGCACCACAUUUUGAUCCUCCUUCAAAACAAGAAGUCAAGACAUUGAUUAAAAAAUUUGAUCUGAACCUUGACGGAGAACUGAGCCGCGACGAAUUUGUGGGUUUCAUUGGGAAAUUAACAAAAGAAACGGUGUUCACUGUGAGUCAAGGGCUGAUCAUUUAUUUUGCUGUGGCGCCAAGAGUAGCACGGCUGACAAGGAAGAAAACAGAGGGUGUACCUUAUAUUGGUAAAGUGGCAGAGAAGUUGCCUGAUCCAGCUUACGCAGCUCUUUUGACUGUCGCACUUGUGUUGGCCCAGAAACUGGUCAAUUCAAAUCGAAUAAAAGCUUUGUUUUUCCUCAUUUUUGGAUAUCUCAAGAUUGUAUGAGCAACCCUCGGCCUGGCCUGCUGAGAAACACAUGUCCAACUCAUGAAAUUGAAUGACUAGCAAUAAACGCCAUGUGCGAAGAACAAACAUAUAUGGAA